AUGCCGUCGCAAUCUUGGGAUCUUUACACCAAGAGCUCGGAAUCUCUCUCCAGCCUCCACACUUUCUUCCAGCUGCGGCAUGCAGGACUUCAGCGUUUCCAGAGCGCCAAGGACGAGGGAGUAGAGUUAGAGGCCGAGGCCGCCAAACCAAGAGGAAGUCUUCACCCUACAAACCUCUAUCUGCUCACUUCUCUUUUCAGCAUAUUCGCCUGGUUGCUCAGCUUGGACUUGUCGAAAGGAUUUGACACCUCUCUCUCCAGCAUAGGCCUUGGGUUUGCCUGGUCCCUCCCCCUCCUGGCUAUGUCAAGCCUACUGCAAACUUUGGAUUUGGAGCCAAUCAAGGAAAUUCAAGCUCUGACCGAGGCGUUUGCUCGCAAGCUCUUCUCAGGACGGCCUGACUACCAGCUCAUCUUGUUCUGCAUCUGCGCCGGGUUCGGGGAGGAACUCCUCUUCCGAGGCGUCCUGCAGCAGAAACUGGCUGAGAGUGCCGGACUGAUUCCAGCAAUCUCCCUGACAUCGGUGGCCUUUGGAGCCGCUCACUUCCUCACCCCGACUUACUUCCUGCUCAGCUUCAUUGGAUCGAUCUUCUUCGGAGUUGUUCUCAUUCAGAGUAACGGAAACCUGUUGGUUCCUAUCAUAGCACACGCGGUCUAUGACUACGUAGCGGUGAGAUUAACUUUGAAGCAAAUCAACGAGAAGUGA